CCGCGCGAGCGGGUGUCGCCACGGGACGAGCCGGGACGAUCCGCGUGAGCGACGGUCGCCAGGUGUCGCCCCCGAGCCGCCGCCGGCGCGUUAUGGACGUUGCAUGAGCGGGCGCGCGCGCGACCGCUGGAGCCGACGGGCACGGGUGCCGUGGAGCGCGCGCCGUGGGCCCCGGGCGGCGCGGGCAUGCGCUUCGAGGGCGCGGAGCGGCGCGACGCCGUCGCCUUCCAUCCGCUGCUGGCGCCGCGGCCGAGCGACUUCUCGGUGUCGGCGCUGCUGACGGCGGGCGCGCUGCCGCCGCCGCCGUACCUGCCGGCCGCUCUCGCCGCCGCCGCAGCGCUGUCCGCGCCCUGUCCGCUGCUCAAGCCGCCACCGCCGCCGUACGCGCCGCUGCCUCCCGACGACGACGGCGUCGUCGACGACCCCAAGGUUACGCUCGAAGGCAAGGACCUCUGGGAGAAGUUCCACAAGCUGGGCACCGAGAUGGUGAUCACCAAGAGUGGCAGACAAAUGUUCCCACAAAUGAAGUUCCGCGUCUCCGGAUUGGACGCGAAGGCCAAAUACAUCCUCCUGUUGGACAUUGUCGCUGCAGAUGACUACAGAUAUAAGUUCCACAACAGUCGAUGGAUGGUUGCGGGCAAAGCCGACCCUGAGAUGCCGAAAAGAAUGUACAUACACCCCGACUCGCCGUCAACGGGCGAGCAAUGGAUGCAGAAAGUUGUCUCCUUCCACAAAUUGAAAUUGACGAACAACAUCAGCGACAAACACGGUUUCGAGCUCAUCUAUAGCCAAAGUCAACGGAUGUUAUCAAAGUUGCUGUGGCCCAAUCCAGCCCCUAGUGCGCCCAGAGAUCCCCACUCAGAUCAUUUGACGAUCCUGAACUCGAUGCACAAGUACCAGCCUCGGUUCCACCUGGUGCGAGCCAACGACAUCCUCAAGCUGCCAUACUCCACCUUCAGGACGUACGUGUUUAAGGAGACGGAGUUUAUUGCGGUCACCGCCUAUCAGAAUGAGAAGAUAACACAAUUGAAGAUCGACAACAACCCAUUUGCGAAAGGUUUCCGGGACACCGGCGCCGGCAAACGAGAGAAAAAUUUGUCGGUGUACCGCAGACAGGCGCUGCUGACGGCGCGGUCGGACGCGCGCGAUGACGACGACGAGCGGCCGCUGGACGUCGGCGGUCCCUCCAGCCCGCCGCCCACCGCCUCCACGCAUCAUAGCACCACUUCGUGGUUCAGCUCGAGUGCUGGCGGCGGUGGCGCGGACUCCGGCCCCGAGGAAGGCAUCGAGGCGGGCUCGGACUCGUCGUGCUCGGGCGGCGCGCGGCCCAGCUCCCCCCCGGCGGGCCCGUCGCGCCCCUCGCCCGCGCCGGACGUGUCCCUGGGCCCGCCGGUGCAGCCGCCGCUGCUGCCGUACCUGUACCCGCCGUCGCUGUACCCGCCGCCGUUCUUCCCCCCGCACCAGAUGCCGCCGGGGCUGCUGUUCAACCUGCACCCGCUGCUGCAGCAGUACUCGCUGCCGCCGCCGCCGGCGCCCGCGCCCGCGCCGCCGCUGGGCAAGGCGCACCGGUUCGCGCCGUACGCGCUGCCGGGGCUGGGCUCCGCGUUCGAGCAGGUGGCGCCGCGCGCGCGCUCGCUGAGCUCGUCGCCGGCGCGGCCGCGGGCGGGCGGCGGGGGCUCGGGCGGGUCGCCGCCGGCGCGCGCCGCGUCCGCGGACCCGCCGCCGGACGCGCCGUCGCCGGCCGCCGCCACGCCGCCCGCCUCGGACCUGAAGAGCAUCGAGCGCAUGGUGAACGGGCUGGACGUGGAGACGCAGGACUGACUGUAGCCGCACUGUACAUAGCGUGUAUUUAUAUUGUGGCCCCGUCGCUCCAAACCAAAAACUCAUCAAGGAUUCGCCGGUGGCGGCGGGCCCUCGUUUUGUAUCGUUCCUAUUUUGUUUUUUCUUUCGAGUUCUAUUCGGGUCGAUAUUCGUAUACUGAUUGUACAUAGUUAAGCUUACAUUAGGAAGUUACUCACGACAAGGCGGCUCGAUGUGGGAUCAUGACGUCACGUGGUUCUUAUAUUGUUUGUAUGUUUGUACUCUUGUAAUGUCUGUAUAACUAUUCACCUUUGUUUUCUCUUAACAAAAAGUAUUAGCAAGCAUUUCGUUUUUUUAUAAAAUAUAUUUUUAAUCUAUGAAAAACUCAAAAGUAAAAUGUAUGUAUCGAAAUUAAAAUAUAUUUUUAAAAAUGUACAAAUUGGAAAAUCUUGCUCAAUGAAUUAGAAUUGUUUAAUUAUACCCAUUUGAACCGAAUUAAAAUUACAAUAACUCGAGUUGAAGUGUGAAGUGGCCCCCACAUCGGCCGCGCCACGCGUAGACACAUUCACACGUUAGUUAUCACUCAUAGAAUCCACUGCAAUAGGAAUAGCCGUUGAAUUAUUCUAUAUCAUUUAAAAAAAGAAUCCUUUGUAGCUUUGACGUCCAUUACUUCUAUCUCAGUAUCUUGUCUAUGGAAUCAAAAUACCAUUUUUGUUGCAAGCCUAAAAAAAAACGAUAUUUACUCAUUUAUAAUUGAAUAAACUACGGACCACUAGAUAUUACAUAGUGUUACAAUAAUUGAACAAUUAUUUUAAUUCGACGUCACAGCUACAAAACGAAAUAAUUCUAAUUGAUUUUAUUUUCCACAUUUUAUAAUAACAUAGAGUAUAAUUAAAUAAUAUCGCUUUAUUUUGUAAAUACAAUUUGUAAGGUAUAUUUUACGUGUUUAAUUAAUAACUAUAACAUAUUUUCAAAAUAUGUUUUGUCAAUUGUGCUGUGAGACUGUCAACCGUUGGAUUGCUGAUUUCGAUUAAAUUAAAUAAUAAAUUAUUAACAUUUCUCUAUUUCUAUCUCUAAAUAUAUAUUUUGUAUAUUGGGUAUCUAAAUACAUUCCAAUUUGUAUUUCUACAUGAACAUUUUGAAAUCUUAUCUAUUUUUUUUUAUUUCAAACAAGCAUACGGACACAACAAUCAAACGGUAUGAUAAAACGAUUGAUAAAUCUAACUGUAAGUUAAAAUUUGUAAUAUAUAGUUGAUAAUUGUAGUUAAAAUACAAAAUAUAUUAUUAUAAAUGAAUAUAAUUUUCCAUGGAAUUCAUUAAACUUAAGCACUUAAAAGUAAAAUUCGAAAUAGUAUGUAAAGAGAUGUUUUUAGUUUCAUUUUUGUAUACAGAAAUAUUAACCAGUGAUUUGAAACGCAAUAAAGAAUUGUUCUUUUGCAAUGAAUUAUUUUUAACAGAACGCUUCUUUGAAUUCGACGAGAGACUGUAAAUUUUGCAACAGCUGUAAUUGAAAAUUAUUCAUUAAAAUAUAUAGAUAAAUCUAUUGAGAAAA